UGUUAUAUAUACGACAGAUAGGUGAUGGCUUUACCUCCUAGGAAAACUGGAAAGUUGAUAGCUUCACAUUGUGAAGAUGUAUUUAUUGAUGAUCAAAAAGUAGCAGAGACGGCUAAAGUGCUUAUGCAGGCAUUCAAACAAAAUGAUUUUUCUUUGAAAGGUUGGAAAAAUCAUGUUUUGCAUCCAAAGGUAGCUGAUGAAAAAGCAAUUGAUAUAAUAUUCGCAAUUGAUGUUCUCAACUUCUCAUUUUGGCCUGAUAUUCCUGGAAAGAAAUAUGCUGUUAAGUAUGGAGGGAAGCUGUGGACGGGGUAUUGGUCUUUAGUGGCAGCAUUAAAACGUGCCGAAGAUGAAGGCAAACCUGUUUAUGAUUCCGAAUUCAUGGCUGAAGUUGAAAAAAGAGAAUUUUCUGAUAUAUUCAGAUCAGACACAGAAAUUGAAAUACCAUUGUUGGACAAAAGAUUUGAAGGGUUCAAGGAAAGUGGGAGAAUAUUGUUAGAGAAAUUUAAUGGUUCUUUCAUCAACUGCAUUAGGCAAUGUGAAAGAGAUGCUGUCACUUUGAUGAAUCUCGUAGUAGAGAAUUUUCCAAGUUUUCGAGAUGAAUCUGUAUUUCAAAAUCAGAGAGUUGCAUUCUAUAAAAGAGCUCAGAUUUUAGUAGCUGAUAUUUGGUGUUGCUUUGAAGGAAAAGGUCUGGGAGAAUUCACAAAUAUUGAUGAAAUCACAAUGUUCGCAGAUUACAGAGUACCUCAAAGCCUAGAGUACUUUGAAAUUUUAAAAUAUUCAGAAGAAUUAAAGAAGGCUCUUUCACAAAGAAUCGUUUUCCCACCAGGACAUAGGUUUGAAUUGGAAAUUCGUGGUUCAUCAAUAGAAGCAAUUGAAAGAUUAACAUCUCAAGUGAGAAAAUUAUUGGCAGAUGAUGACAUUAAAGAGAGCAAACUAUCUGGUGUCAAUUCUAUUACUGUUGACAAUUUUCUUUGGGAUUAUGCCCGUGAGCAUCGCGAAAAAAUUAAUCAUUUGCCUUUUCAUCUUGUUAGAACAAUAUUUUACUGAUGAAUUGUAGGAAUGGAUUUCCAUCUCAAUUUCAUCAAGACUGGCAUGAAGAAGUGUUCUUUCACUCGUAUUACACAAGUUUUUUAGCCAAUCUCUGUGAAAUUAUACCUUUUAUGUGCCAAAUAACAGGUUCUGUGCACCCUCUGUUAGAA